AUGGAAGCCUUCAAGAAGAAACUCGAGAACCUCCGCGCUGAGGCUGAUGCUGCCUCUGCCCGCGCCGAAACUGCUGAGCGCGAGCUCGCUGCUGUCAAGGCCGAGCUUUCCGCCAAGGAUCAGGAGGCCAUCUCCUUCAACAACCGCAUCACCAACCUCGAGAGCCAGCUUGAGAAGGCCGAGACUGGCGGAAGCGACUCCAAGACCAAGCUCCGCGAGCACGAGUUGAAGGUUGAGGAUCUUGAGCGCAAGGUCAAGACUCUUGAGAAGGAGAGGGACUCGCUCGAGACUAAGCUCGAGGAUAUGACCGAGAAGCACAACAAUGUCAAGGCCGAGUUGGACGAGACCUUGAAGGCCAUGGACGAGAUGUAA